AUGGAUUCAAGCCGCUCCCUUUGUUGCAUUCUCCUUUUAGUUCUGUUGGGGAUAUCCAUCCAAUACCAAUGUUUUGCAAGCGAGAUUGAUGCAGACCAGACAGCACUACUGUUAGUAAAUGCAUCAGAAGCAUCAGCAAGGAAAAUGCCGGAUACUCUAUUUGGAAUAUUCUUUGAGGAGAUAAAUCAUGCUGGCGCUGGAGGACUGUGGGCUGAACUUGUCUGCAACAGAGGUUUUGAAUCUGGAGGCUCAUUCACGCCACCUCGCAUUGAACCUUGGUCUAUCAUUGGGAAUAAUUCUUCUGUGAUCGUAUCAACGGAUCUCUCCUCAUGCUUUGAUCGGAAUAAAGUUGCAUUGCAGGUAGAGGUUCUUUGUGACAAUGGAGGUGCCAAUAUAUGUCCAGAUGGAGGAGUUGGUGUCUACAAUCCAGGAUUCUGGGGCAUGAAUAUUGAACAUGGAAAGAGUUAUAAAUUGGUGUUUUAUGUGCGUUCAGACGAACCAAUUAAUCUAUCAGUAGCUUUAACCAGUUCAAAUGGACUAAACAAGCUGGCUACAAAAACCGUAGUAGCUGAUAAUGUAUCGAAUUGGACAAAAGUUUUUGUUUUGUUGGAAGCUGAAGGAACAGAUUCUAAUUCAAGACUGGAACUGAGAUCAACUACAAAGGGUGUUAUAUGGUUUGAUCAAGUAUCAUUGAUGCCCUUGGACACGUACAACGGGGAUGGCUUCCGGAAAGACCUUUUUGGAAUGCUUAAAGAUUUGAAACCAGCAUUCAUCAGAUUUCCAGGGGGAUGUUUUGUGGAAGGGGCUCUGUUAAAAAAUGCAUUUUGGUGGAACGAAACCAUUGGACCAUGGGAAAAGAGGCCUGGCCAUUUUGGUGAUGUAUGGGGGUAUUGGACUGAUGACGGACUUGGUCAUUUUGAGUUUCUUCAACUUGCCGAGGACUUGGGUGCAUUGCCAAUCUGGGUUUUCAACAGCGGAAUCAGCCACAAAGAACAAGUUGACACUUCCGAUAUCUUACCUUUCGUGCAAGAUAUCUUAGAUGGUCUUGAAUUUGCGAGAGGUGCUCCUAACUCAAUAUGGGGUUCAGUUCGAGCUUCAAUGGGACAUCUAGAGCCCUUUGAUUUGAGAUAUGUCGCUAUUGGAAAUGAAGAUUGUAAUUACUCAAAGUACCGUGGAAAUUACCUCAAGUUCUAUUCAGCAAUCAAAGAAGCCUACCCAGAUAUCAAGAUAAUCUCUAACUGUGAUGGUUCUUCCAAAGUAUUGGACCACCCUGCUGAUUUAUAUGAUUUUCAUAUUUAUGCCAGUGCAAGUGAAAUCUUCUCUAAUGCCAGCCGUUUUGAUGAUGCACUGCGCAGUGGACCAAAGGCUUUUAUAAGUGAGUAUGCUGUGCAUGGAAACGAUACUGGAAAGGGUAGUCUUUUAGCUGCACUGGCUGAAGCUGCAUUCCUUAUUGGAGCAGAAAAAAACAGUGAUGUGAUUGAAAUGGCAAGUUAUGCACCCCUAUUCGUUAACGACAACAACUGGAGGUGGACAGCAGAUGCGAUUGUUUUCACUUCUUCACAGGCGUAUGGAACCCCUAGUUAUUGGAUGCAGCACUUUUUCAAAGAGUCAAAUGGAGCAACUCUUCUAACUUCAACACUCCAAGCUAAUCCUUCGAAUGCACUAAUAGCAUCUGCCAUCACCUGGUUAAAUGUGACUGAUAACAACAACUACUUAAGAAUAAAGGUUGUGAACUUUGGGAGCAGCAGAGUUACUCUUAAUAUCUCUAUCAGUGGAUUGUCAUUGCAGUCCUCUGGGGCAACAAAAACUAUAUUAACAUCUAGCAAUGUGAUGGAUGAGAAUUCUUUCACAGAUCCUAAAAAGAUAUCACCAGUUAAGACAAUGCUUGGAGAAGUUAGCGAAAACAUGGAUGUUACACUCUUACCAUAUUCUUUCACUUCAUUUGAUUUUUUAAUAAAAUCCAUCAGCAUUAGGACUGUAACAACUGCUUCUGAUCUUGAAUCUUCAUUCUAA